AUGGCUGCUGUAUUCGUCCCCCCGUCGCCCCAGACCUCAAUGAACAUGUCGACCCGUCGUCCACUCGCCAACGUGCCGAAUGCAACCAAUUCCCCUCACAGGACCGGACUCGUACCGGCCAAACGAGUUCGGUCCAAUCAACUCGAGACAUCCUACGGCCAGCCACCUCCAAAGAAGCAGGUGAUGGAAGCGGCGGAAAACGGUGCUCGAUCACCGACACAAAAUCGAUCGUCGGUGGUUCAGGGAACCGACUCGAAGCUCUUUGCCAGACGGCCGAACAAUGCCAACCCAAGUGCCUUUGAGAAGAAGCUGGUUGCUGCUCGUGAUAAGGAACGCCAGCCACAAGUUAAAAGCGUGAAGGGCGAGAAGCAAUCUGCUGACACCUUGGAUACUAUUCGUCAAUGGCAACGCCACUACCGAAAGGCUUUCCCGCAGUUUGUUUUCUACUUCGACAGUAUUCCUGACGAUGUUCGCCGCAAAUUUUCUCGACAGGUCAUUGCUCUCGGAGCUCGCGAGGAAAAGUUCUUCUCUCGUCUAGUAACCCACGUCGUCACAUCACGUCCUAUUCCCGCUGGAGUCGCUGCCACAAGCCCAACCGAACUGGAGGCCGCCAAUGGCGUUAACGGUGAUACUCAUGUGCAGACCGUCAACCCUUCGUUGCUUGAGAAGAACACCAAUUCACACCACCUUUCAAAACAUGAUGCCCGUCACGACCAAGGAAGCAUGGAUGUCCUCCAGCGAGCUCGACAGAUGAAUAUGAAAAUUUGGGCCUUGGAGAAGCUGCAACGCAUGAUCACCACGAUCAACGAUGACGAUAUCGGUGGCCAGAAUAAUGAUGCUGUCAAAAGCAAGAAUGCAGAUUCAACUAAAUCCAGAGGUUGGGCCGGGCUAACUCCUCUUGAUCGCGCCCUUAUGCAGGAGCGGUUGAACGGACCAUCGGAUCGUGAUCUGUUCUCCUCGAUGGAGAUGAUUGUCUUCAAGGGACCUUUUCUCUACAUCCACGACAUGAAUGAAAAGACGAAGCCUGUCAUGGUUCGGGAAUACCCUCGAGUUACGAAACGCCAGGACGGAGCUUGGCCGCAGUUCAGAAGCGCCCCACUAGGCAAAUGCCCCUUCGUUGAUGAACCUCCAAGCAGAAAGGAAUACGACAGACAACGCAUGCGCCAGGCACAGAAGGACAAGAAAGCGUCCGCAACUGCGGCUCAGCCCCGUCCGAAAAUUUCGCAGACCGCCAUGGAACAGAAGCCCGAUACGAAGGCCGACGCAGAACCCAAUGUGAAGCGUGAAGAGGAUAGAGAUUCUUCAAAGAAAGCGGAAAUCCCGUCAAAGCCUUUGCUUGAUGAGACCCAUGAACGCAAAAGCUCAGAAAGCUUCAUUCCACCGCACUUCCCCCGGUCUGGCCCUUUUUACACUGGUCGCGAACCUGCAGCAUCUGGUGUACAGCCAUCUAACGUCACAUCUGCUAUUCGAUCUCAGAUGAUCUCAUCCACUGCUGCCGCCCCAGGCGCAAAAGCAGGCCUGAGCAAAGAAGUUCAUGGCUUGAAGAGAAAGGUUCUUGAGAGGGGCACAGGCAGCAUUGCGAACGGGUCUAUGGCUGCUCCUGAACGUCCAAAUGGAUUGGCGAUGCAUCUCAAAUCUCAACACAACCAGACUAUCAAACCAGCGGCACCAGAAGCACGCCAGACUCCAGAGGAGGACUCUAAUUCAGCAGAAGGUGCUGGCAUGAAACGCCGCCGCGCCGACAGCCGCGAAAACGAACCGAAGAAACCAGAACGGCGCAGAGAUCCUAAGCCAGGUUACUGCGAAAACUGUCGGGAUAAGUUCGACGACUUCGAGGAGCAUACUCUGACACGAAAGCACCGUCGGUUCGCCCAAAACGCCGCCAAUUGGGCAGAUCUUGAUGCCCUACUUUUUGAGAUUCAACGUCCUCUCAAAGAGGAGCAUGGAUAUGAUAGGUGA